AUGAACAAAAACGGAACAGCUAAAAUGAAUGAUAAUCAAAUUAGAGCAGAAGGUAGAAGGUUAUUUAAACGCUUCUAUAACAUUCCUGAUGGUGUUAAUCCUAAAACUCGUAGAAGCUAUUUAAAUGAAGCAAUAGAUGCAUAUGACGGGUUUGACAUUUCAUCAGAAAGUGAGAGAUUAGCGAGAAUGUUAAAUGUUAAUAUUGAUUUCUAUUAUUGUGAUCCUCAACCAGAAGACGUGGACAUAAAUAAGGUAGACUUUCCAUUAGUGGAAUCAAUAAUGAUAGAUCCAGAAUUUGAAACAGUAAAUAUUUUAUUAACACAGAGUCCAUGUGGAAAACUUCACGCUGACAGAAUAACAGACGUUGAAGCACUCACCGGCUAUAAAGUUUGUCCAUAUUGUAAAGAAGAAGUUUAUUCUAUCCGUGAUGAUCCAGAAAGGAAAAACCAAAGAAGAUUUUUAAAGCAUUGUGAGAAAUGUAAAGAAAACAAUGGAAGAUUAAUUCAAGAUGUUCAGUUGCAAAAGACACAGCAACCAUAUGCACCACAUAUUACGAAACAGAAGAUAUAUCAGUGGUUAUUAGCUCACAAUUUGCAGAAAUAUUAUAAACCGACAAGAUAUUAUAUUACUUUUGACUUUGAAACAUUAGAGACUAAAGAAGAAUUACAACUUUCUGAGUGUGCAACUUUGAACGCUUACUUAAAACCAUUCAUGGUAUCAUCAACGGUUAAAUUAAACGAUAAAACAUAUACGAGGAAUUUUUGCUUAACUUCGAGUGAUUCUUUUAUUUCUGAUUGGAUUGAGUUUUUAUUUUCAACCUGUUCAUUAGUUGCUAAAUCAAAUAUUGAACAAUAUGAAGAAUUAUUGAAGUCGCAAACGGCGGGGACUUUGUCCCAUACAUUAAAUGAAAAACAGAAGGAAGCAUUUAAAGAACUUCUAGAUGAGGAAUUCAAUAAAGUGAAUAUCAUAGGUUUUAAUUCGGGAAAGUUUGAUUUAAAUUUAAUUCUUCAUGAUUUAAACACUGCAAAAUGGAAAAUAAAAUCAAUGCUGGGUUCAUCUUCACAAUUUAAGCAAAUCAUUGUAAAGAAAACAAACGUUCCAUAUGAAUUGAGAUUUAUUGACAUCAGAAAUUAUAUAGCGGGUGGGACAUUAGAUCAAUUCACUCAAGAUUUCGGAAACAAUAAAUCACGUGUUAAAUCCUUUUUCCCUUAUCAAUUCAUCACAUGGGAGAAUUACGAAGAAGAAUUAUAUAAA